AUGACCGACGGGCGGUCGAGCGCUGGGAAGCGCAUGAGAAGCCCCGUCCCACGCCUGUGUCGUGCCUCCGCGACCACGGAGCCCCCGCGUCGGGAACGGCCAGCCCGCGUCGGACACCGGGGGACGCUGGGGCGCUCCUGGGCCGGCGAGCGGGAGCCGCCUAGGGGCAACGUGAGAAGCCAGGACGGGCAUAUAAGGCAAACAUGCCAGCACACCUCAAGGAAGACUGGCGAGUGUUUUAAUGAAAAGUUGGCCUGGGUUAAAGCAUCUAGAGACCCUAGGAUUGCUUCAGGUCAGCAAUCCCCACUGGAGAAAAAAAUAUUGAAUCUAGGUGGUGUACAUACAAAAGCAGCAAGACAACUGAUAACUCAAAAAAAUCAAGAAGAGUACCAAACACUCUAUAGGGAGCAAGAUCUUUCCCUGGACUACUGGCUUGCCCGAGUGGAGUCUUAUUAUAGUAAAAGACUGGUGGACAUGCUGAAAGAACAAGAGACAGGCAAUGGAGUUGAGAAGAAAUUGGAAGGGAAGACAACCCAAAGCACAGAGAGACAGAAACGGUGCUACUUGGUACCUGAGAGAGAGAUGAGACACAUAGAGAGGCACACGCAUCGAGCAGUACAGGUCAGAGAAUUUACGAAGAAAACAUUUAGACAGUUACUGCAGUCCCCUCCUGAACCAUCAUUCCCAAAAAUCGUGCCAGACGGGCCUGGUGUCCAGAAGGCACAGAGAAGGAAACAGGUAAAUGAGAGGGAGCAGAUGCAAAUUAAAGGUCACCAGGAACGCAUGAUUCGAGGGAGAGAGCUUACAGAGCAGAGGCUCAAGGAAAGAUUCUUGAGAAAAAGCCAGAACCAGCCACCAAGAGGAGAGAAGCAAGAGGGAGUGAGGGGAGAGAGAGAGAAGUUGGAAAGUGUUACUGCGUACCCACUUUUCCAGCCACACACCAGCCAGGUCCGAGUGAACAUUCUCAUGGGAAAACCUCGGAACAGACAAGAGGAAACAGUGGUAAAACCUCAUCAAAGGCAAUUCCUGACUUUGCCACCCUUCUUGAGAAGUCAAAUAAAAAUAAAAGUUGGGAAGACCCAGGCUGGGCAGCAAUGAUGAAUCAGGAGCUGUUCUCAUCUGCUGCUCCCCGCUCCCCGCCCCAACCUGGAAGGUUGCCUCCACGAGAUGGCAAUAGCACAAGAGAUGUCCGGGGUCCGCUGCUCAGGCUGAGGCGGGACGUGGCCCGCCCCACCUGUGUGUGCUCGCUCUUGCAUCCCUCUCCCCGGUCCUGGAGGCAGCCCCUGGCCAGAGGUGGUUGGAUGCUGUAGAGCUGCCUUCAGAGCGCCUCUCCACUUGCUGCUCCUCAGUCCCUUGGAGUCUCAUGGCUUUAACGUCAUCUGUACACUGAUAACCAAUAACCCAAAUGCAGAUUUCUAGUGAGCUCAUUCUCAUGGCAUGACACAUGCCGCAGCUUAAUCACCUUUUCUACUGUUGGUGCCAUUUGGAUUGUUUCCAGCUUUUGUUUUUGUUUUUUUCUGCUACAAAUGGUCCUUCUAUAAACAUUCCUUUAACAUGUUUCUGGUGCAGGUGUGUGAGCGUUUCUCUGAGGUGUGUAAGUUGUACACCCGUUAUUACAGCUUGGUCCUGGAGUUUGUUAGAUAUUUAUUCCGUGGUGGUUUGUACCUAUAGGUUUGUUCUGUGGAGUCUGGCACAUAUUACACUUAAUAAAUACUUGUUAGGGGAAAAAAGACAUUUGUUAACUGCUGGAAACAGCUGUGUCCAAGAGAGCCAGGCCCAAAAUGCACAGCGUAAACCUUUUUAUUUUUUUUUAUUUUACUUGAGGUACUAAAAUAUAUUUAUUUACUUAAUUUGUUUUUUAAUACCCUUCCAGUAAAUUCAGGAUCUGUCUCUUC